AUGUCCGAUAGGAAGAGGAAGGCCUCCGGCUCGGAGGAGCCAGUGUGCAUCCUGUGUGGCCGGGCAGAUGUCGACACGGACAUCUGCGGGAACAUGCUUUCUGAAAGUGGGAUUCAUGUCCAUGAGUUCUGCUUGGAUUUUGCCAUAAUCUCUUCUGACGCAAGACCAACGCAGUCGGGAACUUUGGGCCUCCCUGUUGAUGCCAUCAGACGUGCAGUCAAACAGGCCACCAAGCAGCAAUGCUUUGUUUGUGGCGAGAGGGGGGCUUCCAUCACAUGUGUGGUGACAAGCUGUCGGCGAAGCUUCCAUCUGCCCUGUGCCAUGGACGGUGAAUGUGUCACCCACUUUUUUGGGUACCAUUGGACCUUCUGUUCGGAGCACCGCCCUCGACAGGAAACUUACCCAGCUCCAUCAGAAGGCACCCACUGCCUCAUCUGCCUUGAGCCUGUGGGGGACAGCUUGUCCUAUCAUACCCUGGUGUGCCCAACGUGCCAACAUGCCUGGUUCCACCGGGGCUGCAUCCAGCAACAGGCCUCGAUUGCUGGCUCUUUGUGCUUCCAGUGCGCUGCAUGUCGAGACAGCAUUCUGUUCUUUGCAGAAAUGGCCAUUCUGGGGAUCCGAAUCCCAUACAGAAUACCAGCAUGGGAGGACAACAACGCAUAUGAAGCACUUCUCCAGAGGCACAGCCACUGUGAUGCCAGCGAAUGCCUGUACCAUGGAGGCAGAGAGCAGGCCGAGAGCAGUGGGCCCUGGCAGCUGCUCCUGUGCAGCUCCUGCGCUGCUGAGGGCACCCACCGACAGUGCUCCCACUUGAAUGACACCACAGCCACGUGGGAGUGCGACAGCUGUGCUGGCCUGCGUACUGCCUCCAGUGCCAACACCGAGCUUGCUGGGCCCUGCACUGCCAGCGAGAGGGCUCCGGGACCGUCUCCGGCAGCUGCUCGCAGAAGACGUCCCAGGCAGCGGGGAAGAAGCCGCACACGAAGCCGCUCCCCGCUGCGAGGUCGGGCCCCGAGUUCCCGGAGCCGGCCAAGAAGACGCCGUGGCAGCCGGCAAACGCCAGCCCCAGGGCAGCGGAGAGGCACCCGGUCAAGGUCUGCCACUUCGAGAUCCCCGAGGGCUUCCAGAGUGCCCGGACGCAGGGGACCGUCCAGGCAGCGACGGCGCACCCGCACCCGCAGCCCUCCUCCGCAGAGACGUCGGGCUCAAAAUUCCCGCGGCUCACGCCAAGGAGGCAGCAGGAGGCGGGCUCAACGGCGGAGGACAUCGCGGGAAUGA